AUGGUUCAAACUUUGAGUACCUACCAGGUAGCCAUCAUGACUGUUCUUCGCGUCGUGGGUGUCCACUGUAACAAACGGUCUUGGAUGGAUACCGCACAGUCACAGAGUCAAAAGGUCAUUUGGGAAGAUCAAAAGUUCCGGGGCUUUGGCACAAGGGGUGUGUGCAUCACUCCGCACGCAUCCUAUUGGAUAGCUGACAAUACUCAGAUUCUUCCCUUCUUGGGGGACCAAUCCUUUUCGUUGACAGUCUGCCAGUCGUGUGCUGAUUCGAGCGACACGGAGUUAAGACGGCGUGGACGGCCAGCACUUAGGAUCUUUUUGAAUGUACACUUGGCCAGCAUGGCCAUGACUGAAGGAAUUUUUGUCUUCGUUCACCUCGAUCAGGUGGGCCACGGUGCAACAAUGGUCGUUGUGCUCGAGUCGCCGUCCCAACUGCUUGAUGAAUGCACUGCGCCUCAGGCCUGGUCCGAGGCAAAUUGUCUGAGAGUGACCAUUAGAAAGAGGAAGUCUGGGUUACAUGAUGCUGAUCUUGAUAUGGCAAGGACCAUCAGCUGUUGUGCAAUCUCCGGAUGA